GGCUGCAGGGCAACGCAGAUGAGUUCCUGGAAGUGUCUCCUAGACCCGGCACAUUCCACGGCUGGUAGGACCUGUCAGGAUGGCUCUCCUGGUUCUUCUGGUGUGGAGGAGAAGGGCAGCGCAGGGUCCUUCCGCUGUCGAAAGGGUGCCGCCUGGGUCAGGUUUGCUCACAGCUCCAGCUGACCACUGGGCAUGUCCAAGGGGACUUCUCAAGAAGAAGAUCAGGGCCAGGCAGCAGAGACAUGCGCAGGGAGGGAGAAGGAACUGCUCCCAGAAAUGCCGGGGGCGUGGGGAUUGAUUGGGGACGCUUUCCCACAGCAAGCCCCGCGUUUCUGCCACCCACAGACUCUGCCCCCGCCCCCAGGUCGUGGGGUUUCAGGCUGAGUCUUCUCCUCGGCAGCCCGACCCCCAGUGAGGAGAAAGCCCUGAGUGGCUGGCUGGCUGUCCCUGCCCUUCCACCCUUGGCUGGAGCACUGGGGCAUUUCUGGGUGUUCCAGCUCCUGUCCUUGCUGCCUUCGUCCCCACCGCACCUGGGGGCUGAGGGCACGUCCGUGCGUGGGGCUGGCAAUGAGCUGACCCUCACUUCAGGACACCCCAUCUGUAGGACUUGUGACUUUUUCCCUGGGGGGUCCUGCUGGGCUGCAGGUUGCCUCCCACAAUGCCACCGCUCUCCUACGGACUCCUGUGCCCCAGAGAGGAGCCCCGUGGAGAAGACAUCUCGGCGCUCAGGCCGUGGCAAUGCAGCUCACGGUCUCUACGUGGGCAGCUGCGCUGAGCCCCGCGUGUCCCUGGCUGGGAACGGGGAGCUGAGGUUCCUCCAGCACAGGAACGUCGGGGAUUUCCGCCUUCAAAACACUCCUCAGUUGUGGUGAGGUCACUAGAAGAAAACGAAGGAACCCAAAGCCCCAGAGCUCUGUCCUGCAGCCGGGUGAAAUGGGAGCGAAAAAGGGAUCGAAAGGGACCUGCCAAAAGUCUUCCUGAACAGGGAGACGUCUUGCACGAGAACUGGAAUAGGUUUUGCUCAGAGAGCUCUGCCCUAACUUCUCACUGCCUUUUCCUCCAUGGACAGGUCCCCAUGCCCAGAGGCAGCAGAUGUCCAACGGCAGCUCCAUCACCCAGUUCCUCCUCCUGGCCUUUGCAGACACACGGGAGCUGCAGCUCUUGCACUUCGGGCUCUUCCUGGGCAUCCACCUGGCUGCUCUCCUGGGAAACGGCCUCAUCAUCACUGCCAUAGCCUGCGACCACCACCUCCACACCCCCAUGCACUUCUUCCUCCUCAACCUCUCCCUCCUCGACCUGGGCUCCAUCUCCACCGCUCUUCCCAAAGCCGUGACCAAUUCCUUGUGGGACACCAGGGCCAUCUCCUAUGCCGGAUGUUCUGCCCAGCUCUUUCUGUUUGUCUUCUUCAUUGUGGCAGAGUUUUCUCUUCUCACCAUCACGGCCUACGACCGCUACGGUGCCAUCUGCCAACCCCUGCACUACGGGACCCUCCUGGGCAGCAGAGCUUGUGCCCACAUGGCAGCAGCUGCCUGGGGCAGUGGGUUUCUCACUGCUCUGCUGCACACGGCCAAUACAUUUUCCCUACCCCUCUGCCACGGCAAUGCUGUGGGACAGUUCUUCUGUGAAGUUCCCCAGAUCCUCAAGCUCUCCUGCUCAGACACCUACCUCAGGGAAGCUGGGCUUCUUGAGUUUAGCCUUUCUUUAAUAUUUGGGUGCUUUGUGUUCAUCGUGGUGUCCUACGUGGAGAUCUUCAGGGCCGUGCUGAGGAUCCCCUCUGAGCAGGGACGGCACAAAGCCUUUUCCACGUGCCUCCCUCACCCGGCCGUGGUCUCCCUGUUCGUCAGCACUUCCAUGGUUGCCUACCUGAAGCCCCCUUCCAUCUCCUCCCCAUCCCUGGAUCUGGCGGUGGCGGUUCUGGACUCGGUGGUGCCUCCAGCAGUGAACCCCCUCAUCUAUAGCGUCAGGAACCAAGAGCUCAAGGAUGCCCUGAGGAAACUGAUUAAACAUUUUCCAUCAGCUUGA